GAUGGGGGAAAGUGUGUGUGUGUGAGUGUGUGCUUGUGUGCAUGUGUGUGCGUGUGUGUGUCAAGGAAAAAAGCUCGCAGUCCAGCAGCCCGGGCCUGGGAGGCUUGUGAGCCGGGCCUUUCGUAAUUGUCCCCUCCCCGCGGCCCCCUCCCCCAGGCCUCCCCCCUCUCCCGCCCUCCCGCCCGCCCUCUCUCCCUCCCUCUUUCCCUCGCAGCCGACGAGGCAACAAUUAGGCUUUGGGGAUAAAACGAGGUGCGGAGAGCGGGCUGGGGCAUUUCUCCCCGAGAUGGCGGGUCUGACGGCGGCGGCCCCACGGCCCGGAGUCCUCCUGCUCCUGCUGUCCAUCCUCCACCCCUCUCGGCCUGGAGGGGUCCCUGGGGCCAUUCCUGGUGGAGUUCCUGGAGGAGUCUUUUAUCCAGGGGCUGGUCUCGGAGCCCUUGGAGGAGGAGCACUGGCGCCUGGAGUCAAACCUCUUAAGCCAGUUCCCGGAGGGCUUGUGGGUGCUGGCCUUGGGGCAGGGCUCGGCGCCUUCCCCGCAGUUACCUUUCCGGGGGCUCUGGUGCCUGGUGGAGUGGCUGACGCUGCUGCAGCCUAUAAAGCUGCUAAGGCUGGCGCUGGGCUUGGUGGUGUCCCAGGAGUUGGUGGCUUAGGAGUGUCUGCAGGUGCGGUGGUUCCUCAGCCUGGAGCCGGAGUGAAGCCUGGGAAAGUGCCGGGUGUGGGGCUGCCAGGUGUAUACCCAGGUGGCGUGCUCCCAGGAGCUCGGUUCCCCGGUGUGGGGGUGCUCCCUGGAGUUCCCACUGGAGCAGGAGUUAAGCCCAAGGCUCCAGGUGUAGGUGGAGCUUUUGCUGGAAUCCCAGGAGUUGGACCCUUUGGGGGACCGCAACCUGGAGUCCCACUGGGGUAUCCCAUCAAGGCCCCCAAGCUGCCUGGUGGCUAUGGACUGCCCUACACCACAGGGAAACUGCCCUAUGGCUAUGGGCCCGGAGGAGUGGCUGGUGUAGCGGGCAAAGCUGGUUACCCAACAGGGACAGGGGUUGGCCCCCAGGCAGCAGCAGCAGCGGCAGCUAAAGCAGCAGCAAAGUUAGGUGCUGGAGCAGCCGGAGUCCUCCCUGGUGUUGGAGGGGCCGGUGUUCCUGGCGUGCCUGGGGCAAUUCCUGGAAUCGGAGGCAUCGCAGGCGUUGGGACUCCAGCUGCAGCUGCAGCUGCAGCUGCAGCUGCAGCAGCAGCCGCUAAGGCAGCCAAGUAUGGAGCUGCUGCAGGCUUAGUGCCUGGUGGGCCAGGCUUUGGCCCGGGAGUAGUUGGUGUCCCAGGAGCUGGCGUUCCAGGUGUUGGUGUCCCAGGAGCUGGGAUUCCAGUUGUCCCAGGUGCUGGGAUCCCAGGUGCUGCGGUUCCAGGGGUUGUGUCACCAGAAGCAGCUGCUAAGGCAGCUGCGAAGGCAGCCAAAUACGGGGCCAGGCCCGGAGUCGGAGUUGGAGGCAUUCCUACUUACGGGGUUGGAGCUGGGGGCUUUCCCGGCUUUGGUGUCGGAGUCGGAGGUAUCCCUGGAGUCGCAGGUGUCCCUAGUGUCGGAGGUGUUCCCGGAGUCGGAGGUGUCCCGGGAGUUGGCAUUUCCCCCGAAGCUCAGGCAGCAGCUGCCGCCAAGGCUGCCAAGUACGGAGUGGGGACCCCAGCAGCUGCAGCUGCUAAAGCAGCCGCCAAAGCUGCCCAGUUUGGGUUAGUUCCUGGUGUCGGCGUGGCUCCUGGAGUUGGUGUGGCUCCUGGUGUCGGCGUGGCUCCUGGCGUUGGCGUGGCUCCUGGAGUUGGCGUGGCUCCUGGAGUUGGUGUGGCUCCUGGUGUUGGUGUGGCUCCCGGCGUUGGUGUGGCUCCCGGCGUUGGCGUGGCUCCCGGCAUUGGCCCUGGUGGAGUUGCAGCUGCAGCAAAAUCCGCUGCCAAGGUGGCUGCCAAAGCCCAGCUCCGAGCUGCAGCUGGGCUUGGUGCUGGCAUCCCUGGACUUGGAGUUGGUGUCGGCGUCCCUGGACUUGGAGUUGGUGCUGGUGUUCCUGGACUUGGAGUUGGUGCUGGUGUGCCUGGCUUCGGGGCAGUACCUGGAGCCCUGGCUGCCGCUAAAGCAGCCAAAUAUGGAGCAGCAGUGCCUGGGGUCCUUGGAGGGCUCGGGGCUCUCGGUGGAGUAGGCAUCCCAGGCGGUGUGGUGGGAGCCGGACCCGCCGCCGCCGCUGCCGCAGCCAAAGCUGCUGCCAAAGCCGCCCAGUUUGGCCUAGUGGGAGCCGCUGGGCUCGGAGGACUCGGAGUCGGAGGGCUUGGAGUUCCAGGUGUUGGGGGCCUUGCAGGUAUACCUCCAGCGGCAGCCGCUAAAGCAGCUAAAUACGGUGCUGCUGGCCUUGGAGGUGUCCUAGGGGGUGCCGGGCAGUUCCCACUUGGAGGAGUGGCAGCAAGACCUGGCUUCGGAUUGUCUCCCAUUUUCCCAGGUGGGGCCUGCCUGGGGAAAGCUUGUGGCCGGAAGAGAAAAUGAGCUUCCUAGGACCCCUGACUCACGACCUCAUCAACGUUGGUGCUACUGCUUGGUGGAGAAUGUAAACCCUUUGUAACCCCAUCCCAUGCCCCUCCGACUCCCCACCCCAGGAGGGAACAGGCAGGCCGGGCGGCCUUGCAGAUCCACAGGGCAAGGAAACAAGAGGGGAGUGGCCAAGUGCCCCGAUCAGGAGGCCCCCUACUUCAGAGGCAAGGGCCGUGUGGUCCUGGCCCCCCACCCCAUCCCUUCCCACCUAGGAGCUCCCCCUCCACACAGCCUCCAUCUCCAGGGGAACUUGGUGCUACACGCUGGUGCUCUUAUCUUCCUGGGGGGAGGGAGGAGGGAAGGGUGGCCCCUCGGGGAACCCCCUCCCUGGGGCUCCUCUAAAGAUGGUGCAGACACUUCCUGGGCAGUCCCAGCUCCCCCUGCCCACCAGGACCCACCGUUGGCUGCCAUCCAGUUGGUACCCAAGAACCUGAAGCCUCAAAGCUGGAUUCGCUCAUAGCAUCCCUCCUCUCCUGGGUCCACUUGGCCGUCUCCUCCCCACCGAUCGCUGUUCCCCACAUCUGGGGCGCUUUUGGGUUGGAAAACCACCCCACACUGGGAAUAGCCACCUUGCCCUUGUAGAAUCCAUCCGCCCAUCCGUCCAUUCAUCCAUCCGUCCAUCCAUCCAUGUCCCCAGUUGACCGCCCGGCACCACUAGCUGGCUGGGUGCACCCACCAUCAACCUGGUUGACCUGUCAUGGCCGCCUGUGCCCUGCCUCCACCCCCAUCCUACACUCCCCUAGGGCGUGCGGGGCUGUGCAGACUGGGGUGCCAGGCAUCUCCUCCCCACCCGGGGUGUCCCCACAUGCAGUACUGUAUACCCCCCCAUCCCUCCCUCGGUCCACUGAACUUCAGAGCAGUUCCCACUCCUGCCCCGCCCAUCUUUUUGUGUCUCGCUGUGAUAGAUCAAUAAAUAUUUUAUUUUUUGUCCUGGA